AUGUCGUUUUUGCGAGGCUCAGAAAACUAUGUUUGGUGUACAACCAGCGUUCUCGGGAAAGGCGCUACGGGCGCUGUGUUCCAGGGUGUCAAUAAGAACAAUGGGGAACCAGUGGCAGUGAAGACGUUUAACCAGCUCAGUCACAUGAGGCCGCACGACGUGCAGAUGAGAGAAUUCGAAGUAUUAAAGAAGGUAAAGCACGAGAACAUUGUGAAGCUCCUCGCCAUCGAAGAGGAACAAGAAGGGCGGGGAAAAGUAAUAGUUAUGGAGCUAUGCACUGGAGGUAGUUUGUUUAACAUUCUAGAUGACCCUGAGAACACAUACGGCCUUCAAGAACACGAGUUUCUCUUAGUAUUAGAGCACUUGACAGCUGGCAUGAAGCACUUACGUGAUAAUAACUUGGUGCACAGAGAUCUUAAGCCAGGUAAUAUUAUGAAAUACAUAAAUGAAGAUGGUACUACUACUUACAAAUUGACAGAUUUUGGAGCAGCCAGAGAGUUGCAAGAGGAGGAACAGUUUGUGUCACUUUAUGGCACUGAGGAAUACUUACAUCCUGAUAUGUAUGAGCGAGCAGUGCUCAGAAAGCCAGUGGGGAAGAGCUUUGGAGCAACAGUAGACCUGUGGUCCAUAGGGGUCACUCUGUACCAUGUAGCUACUGGCCAGUUGCCAUUUAGGCCUUAUGGGGGCAGGAGAAAUAAGGAAACUAUGUUCUAUAUCACCACUAAGAAGGCAUCAGGAGUUAUCGCAGGCACACAAACAACAGAAAAUGGCCCAAUAGACUGGGCGCGAGAGCUCCCAUCCCACUGUCAGUUAAGUGUGGGUCUGCGCAAACUUGUAACACCACUGCUUGCUGGACUAUUGGAGGUGGAUCCUCAUAGGAUAUGGACUUUUGAUAGGUUCUUCUCAGAAGUCCAAGUAGCUACAUCGACUAAAACAGUGCAUAUAUUCCAUGUUAAUAAAGCUGCCAGUAUAAAGGUGUUUCUAAAACCAGAUGAGAAGUAUGAACACCUGCAGACGUAUAUUUGUGAGCAGACUAGCGUGGUGGCUGAAUCUCAGAUAUUACUCUACAAGGACAAGCUUAUGCUCACAGAGAUCAAUGAUAACACCUUGGGUAAGGACUACCCGGACACGACAGCGGAGGAGCCGGUGAUGCUGUUCAACAAGAACAACAACAACGUGAGCAUGGCGCCCGAGCCGGAGGUGCCCAAGUUUCCCGUCUUCCCCAAUAUUGUCUCCGUGGAGAACGACGCCAGCCAAGCCAAGACGGCGUGCAGCGUGGGCCACGUGAUCCGGCGCCGCAUCGAGGCGCUGUGCAGCGCGUCCGUGCUGUGCGGCGCGUGCGUGGCGCGCUGGGGCUCGCUGCUGGGCGCGCGGGUGGCUCGCGUCGCCGCGCGCGCAGAGGCGCUGCACGCGCACGCCGGCCUCGCGCACAGCGCCGCGCGCGCGCUCGACUUGGCGCGGAACGCCGUCAAGGCGCACAACAGGACCGCGCAGGGCGCGGCGGGCGAGAGCUGGUCGGCGCGCGCGGCGCUGGUGGCGGGCGAGGCCACGUCGCUGCGCGGGGCGGCGGGCGCGCUCCUGGCGCGGCACGCGGGCGGCGCGCUGUGCGCCGAGUGGCACGCGGCGGCCGCGUCGGCGCCCUGCCCCGCGGACCUGCGCCUGCACGUCAAGGCGCGCACGCUGGUGGAGCGCCUGCGCGACUCGUGGCAGCACCUCGUGCGCGACCGCGCCACGCGCUCGCUCACCUACAACGACGAGCAGUUCCACGUGCUGGAGCGCAUCACCGUGGCCGAGACGGGGCGGCGCGCGCGCGCGCUGCUCAUGCGCGCCGCGCCGCUCGCGCGCGCCCGCGCCGACGCCAUCGCCGACUGGUACAAGGUGGCGCAGACCGUGUACCUGCAGACGCAGAUCCUGGACAAGGACGUGUCGAGCGCCGAGCUGAAGCUGCUGACCCUGGCGGCGCGGCUGCAGGACGCCGAGCUCGGCAUUAGAGACUGCGUCAACGACGCGCAAACCACGCAGGGUAACGCGUCUCGGCCAGGAGCAGACGCGGGGCUAGAGAGGAGCAACUCGACGGAGGCGGGAGCGACAAAGACGCAGGCGCCGCGCGGGCCGAGCGGGGCGGUGGGCGCGCGCGGGGCGGGGCUGCGCGCCAUGCUGGCCGCGCACGACGAGCUGGCCGCCGCGCUGGCCGGCAACUCCGCGCUCAGCGCAAGUCGAAGCAUAACCUCGUCGUGCGCGUCCACGAUAUCGACGAGCGCGAGCGAGUCGAUAGACUUGACUCACUCGCUGAGCGUGACGGGCGACUCGGACGAGUCGGCGUCGAUGGGGGCGGGCACGUCGCCGGAGUCGGGCGCUCGCACCGUCAUCUACGAGUCGGCGGGCGCGUCGGAGCCCGCCGCCGGCCCGCCCGCCGCGCUCGACCCGCCGGCCCUCCGCUGCGGCGACGGGCGCCAGACCGCCGGGCACACGUCCUGUGCGGUCACGUGA